AUGGAAGAACCCCAACUCUUACAAGACCCAAACUUCCCUCUCUUCAAAACCACUCGUAAAACUCCUUCAUUGGUCGCUACCACUGUCGCAACUAUAGACACAACCACCGCUGUAAACCCUAGCACUGCCGCCGACCGCCAUGAAUACCUUGACGAAACCGCCACAGACGGUGAGACGUUCGGCGAUCUAGGCCUAGCGGAAUGGGCGGUGAAGACAUGCUGGGAGCUCGGAAUGCAGAAACCGCGGCGGGUACAGCAGGUAUGCAUUCCGCGCGUGCUGGAGGGCCGGCACGUGCUUGGCAUCGACGAAACUGGGAGCGGAAAGACUGCGGCCUUCGCUCUCCCGGUCCUGCACCGCCUCGCCGAACAUCCCUUCGGCGUGUUCGCACUCGUCGUGACGCCAACGCGCGAGCUCGCCUUCCAACUCGCGGAGCAGUUCCGUGCCCUGGGCUCAGCCGUUCAGCUCCGCAUCACGGUGGUGGUUGGCGGCAUGGACAUGCUCAAGCAGGCGAAGGAUUUGGUUGCGAGGCCACAUAUCGUCAUUGCCACGCCUGGGAGAAUCCAUGUCUUGCUCCGCGACAAUCCUGAUAUUUCUCCUGUUUUCUCCAAAACCAAGUUUCUUGUCUUGGAUGAAGCAGAUCGAGUUUUGGAUGUUUGUUUUCAGGAGGAAUUGAAAUUUAUCUUUCAAUGCUUACCUGAAAAUCGACAAAACCUGUUCUUUUCUGCAACAACUACAAGUAAUCUGCAAAAGUUGCGGGAACGUUACAAAGAAAAAAUGUAUGUCUAUGAGGCAUAUGAAGGCUAUAAAACAGUUGAAUCACUUAAGCAACAGGUUAUAUUCAUCCCUAAAAAGGUGAAGGAUGUUUAUUUGAUGCAUAUUUUGUCUAAAAUGGAAGAUAUGGGAAUUCGGUCUGCCAUUGUGUUUAUCUCAACAUGCAGAGAUUGUCAUCGUUUAAGUUUAAUGCUGGAAGUACUGGAUCAAGAAGCCGCCGCUCUGUAUUCAUUCAAAUCACAAACUCAGAGGCUUGAAGCACUUCAUCAAUUUAAAUCAGGAAAAGUUUCUGUACUGCUAGCAACUGAUAUUGCCAGCCGUGGAUUAGAUAUUCCUACAGUUGACCUUGUUAUCAAUUAUGAUGUUCCAAGGUUUCCACGGGAUUAUAUUCAUCGGGUAGGUCGUACAGCAAGAGCAGGUAGAGAGGGACUGGCUUUGACCGUUGUUACCCAGAACGAUGUUGAGCUUAUUCAUGAAAUAGAAGCGCUUAUUGAGAAGCAACUUGAAAUGAUUGAAUACAAAGAAAGUGAGGCGCUUUCUCUCAUGAAGAAGGUUUUUAGUGCUAAGAAUGUAGCAGAAAUGAAAAUGAUAGAUGAUGGCUUUGAGGAGAAAGCUAAAGAGCGAAAAAAACAGAAACUGAAAAUGCUUGCCGAGAAAGGAUUGUUGAAGAAAAAUAAAAAGAGAAAACUAAGUAAAGAAUUUUCGGAGAAAGGGAAAGAACAAAAGAAAGAGGUAGCACGAGAGAGAGGUUUAUUGAAGAAAAAAAAGUUGAAAGAAAGAAGUAAAGAAUUUGCAGAGGAAGUAGAGGUAUCAACUCCAAAGAAAAGGAGUAAGAAGAGACGGUAA